AUGGACGAAGGAGUCUCUUCCUUGAAUCGCCCUGCUCCUAUUUCUUCUGUUGCUCGCUCUAAUAGUGCUGAUAGCGUUGAUGAGGAUGGAAAAGUAAAACGACGUUUCACUCGCACAGCUCAACGGGGAGAAGUGAACCGAGUGUUGGAACGGAUGAACAGCCAAUCCGCGAUACUGAGUGGCACCGCUUCGAACUUUAAGACAUCAAAUGCUCAGUCAAGACGAUCGAAUCGUCUCAGUUUGACAGAUCAUGGAGACUUCAACCAAAGUUCAAGACUACUCAGCCAGUCGGCUCAUGUUGGAAAUAGUCGUGCCAGAAAGCCAUUGUUGGAGCGAUUGGAUAGCGAACCUAGCGUGGCUUCGGGGGGAUCGUUUGGGGAAGACAGCGAAGGUGCUGAAAAAGAAGACGAGGAAGAGAAACCAGAGAAACCAGCUUCCUUCAGACCAAGACCGAAUCUCAGAUCUACAAAUGCAGCCAAUAGGGUCUUGGGUCGAAUGGAAAGCAAACGAACAUUGACGGAUUUGAUUGAAGACACCCAGACUAGAAGUCGGCCCAUGAGGACCAGCUCGGGUAUGUCUGCUUCUUCCUCAAGUAAGACGGAGGAACCAAUGAAAAGCCGCCCCAGCCGCCCCAUGAGGUCCCGUUCAAUUGAAGAAAUAGAUGAGCAAAUUUUCAAGCUCGAGCAAAAGCAAGAAAAGGGUACUUCUGAUCAUAAAGAAGGAGCCACAAAGGAUGCUGCCCGCAGAGUACUUGGGCGUAUGGAAAGUAAGCGAACAUUGACUGACUUGAUAUCGGAAACCAAUGCCCGUUCUGGUCCCAGCAAUAGCCGACCGACUCGAACACGCCCUACUUUGGCAGAUCUGGGCAUUCCAGAACGGAGUCGGCCUUCUCGGACUCGAUCCGACACCAACGGCACUCCGGACAUUCCAUCACGUCGGCGACCUACUCGGGCUAGUUCCACCACGGACACGCCAGAAGCAUCGCCAAAUGCUCGUCGUCCUGCAUCUUCUCGUCGCGCCAGUAUGGAGCCCGUGAUGAGUCCCUAUAAAGAACAAGCCGAGCAAGAAGCCUAUGAAUUGGAAAGGGAUGCCGAACGUAAGCGGUUGGAGGCAAUGGAAUUGCUGAGGCAAGCUGAGGAAGCCGAAGAGGAAGCCCAUCGCAAAAUGGCCGAAGUAGCGGCUGCUGCGGAAUCUGAAUCGGUGUCAGAACCGACACUGGAUCCAGUAGUACCGACACCCAAAAUGACUGUGUUGGAAAAGCCGGCGUUUCUUUCGCGAUCUUCUGAGGUUAGUGCUAUUACAGUGGAAGACGAGGGAGAAGUGGAUGGGAGCGACAGCAGUGGCGACGAUGACGAUGAUGCUGAAAGUAGUGUCAGCAGUGAGGAUGGAAGUUCCAACGAUGACGACGAUGGUUCCACGGCAGCUUCCGAGGCGCACUCCGACUCCUCCUCCGAUGUCUAUUUAGAUGAAACAGAGAGGUCCGAAGAGGUUGUUCUGAUGCCGGCGGAAGAUGCAGAAAAGACAAAACUAGUGUCCAAAACGCAACGUUUGCGACAGUUGGAGAAUUCGGACCAGCACGAUGGACACAGGGGGUUGGCUGAAGAAGGCGAUCACUCAGGGGACGAAGAAGAGAUCCAACGCCGGGCCGACGAGCGACGACGAUUGAGAGAAUCUGGGCAUUUGGAUAUAAUGUCGCCAGCCCGAGUGAAAGGUCUGAACAUCCAUUCGGGAUAUGUAGGGUUGGGCAGUAACUCAUCUGCAUUGGGAUCUGGAAAGGUCUCCGAAGACGAAGCCUCUAACGACGCUUCGAAUGGAGAUGACUCCAUCCGUCGAAGAGCCAGGGAUCGAAGGAUUCGGGAACUGGAAGAAAAGGCCACCACGUCGUUGUCGUCCUUUGGCUCGGAAGUGUUGGGAGCGGAUUCUGGAGAUGAGAGCGGUAGCCAAUUCGAUGCCGACAAAGCUCGACGUAAAGCAGAACGAUUGGAACGGCGCUCGAAGCGAAUCACUAUUGGUGUGGAACAACCACCGAUCCAAAGUCCUGAAGAGAAGUCACAGCGGAAGGCACAACGUGAAAAAGAAAUUGAAAAAAGGAAAGCGGAAUUAGAGGCUCGACGUGCAGAAGCGCAAAAAAGAAAGGAAGAGCGCCGCAGACUUUUGGGCGUUCGCGAUGUACAGUGA